GGCAUUCGGCCUGGGAGAGACGCCGUCGCCGCGGAGCUAGUUCUGCUCCCAGCUGGCCGGCGGAGCAAACAUGAAUGUUGGAGUUGCCCACAGUGAGGUGAAUCCAAAUACCCGUGUAAUGAACAGCCGGGGUAUGUGGCUGACAUAUGCCUUGGGAGUUGGCUUGCUUCAUAUUGUUCUACUUAGUAUUCCCUUCUUCAGUGUUCCUGUUGCUUGGACCUUGACAAAUGUGAUACAUAAUCUGGGGAUGUAUGUAUUUUUGCAUGCAGUAAAAGGAACACCUUUUGAAACUCCUGACCAGGGUAAAGCACGGCUCCUAACUCAUUGGGAACAGCUGGACUAUGGAGUACAGUUUACAUCUUCACGGAAGUUUUUCACAAUUUCUCCAAUAAUUCUAUAUUUUCUGGCAAGUUUCUAUACGAAGUAUGAUCCAACUCACUUCAUCCUAAACACAGCUUCUCUCCUGAGUGUACUAAUUCCCAAAAUGCCACAGCUACAUGGUGUUCGGAUCUUUGGAAUUAAUAAGUAUUGAAAUGUUUUGAAAUGGAACAGAAAAUUUUUACAGCUACUGAAUUUUCUGUAAGGAAGGAGUGGUUAGUAAACUGCACUGUUUCCGUGAUAUUGUGAAAUGAGAAGUAUUUACAUUGAAGGGCCAGUUGCUGGUUCUUCACAUGCUGUUUUGAAGUGCAGGUAUUUACUAGAAGAUGCCUCUGUUUAAUGCAUCUGGUAUCUUUCUGAAGAGAGGUGUUAUAGGCAGGCUGGGCAGGCCCAGCUUAUAAGUUAAAUGGCUGUACACUGAAGGAUUAGUAGAUGAACUCAAAGAAAUGAGAGAUUUAUAAGAAAACAAGACCAGCUUAGCUUAUAAUGAAUGGGCAUUAUGUUAGGAGAAGAAAAUUUCCAAUCAUUCAGUCAUGGUCAGUUUAAGCAGACUUAACCUGUAAACCAGAAUCAUCUCUUUACAAGUUUAUUAUAGAUUGUUUUUAUUACCAUACAUGUUCCUCUUGUGUUGUAGAGGAGGAUAUUUCUCUCUUGUUUUAUACAAUCCAAUCCUUACCUUAUGAUUGUACUUUUUUUGCUUUUGCUGGCUCAACAUUGUGUUGAUAGAUUGAGGUCAUUUUUACAUUUAUUAAUUAAUGAGUUACAUUUAUUAGUUAAUGAGUUCAUGAAGGUCCACCUUCAUGACUGGUGACAGAAGACAGCAUCUUACAAACAGCCUCUGAAUCAACCUUCUAAUUUUGGAACGGAAUGGGUUUUGUUGUCUUUCCAGACACAAGGCUGCUAAACCAAUUAAGAAAAUAAUUUAUUUCACACAGUUAGAGUAUAUGGUAAUUUAGAGGUCUCUGCUUAUUUGGUUGAUCAAUCUAAUUGUUAAAGUCUGCUGUUAUUUAGAAAAGGAAACAUAAAGUGGACAACUAUAUAGCCAACCUGUGGUCUGGCAGAAACUGCUUCUCUAGCAGUAGUACCAUAGUAAAUAAUGGAGUCGUCUUUAGCAGGUCUACAGCAAAAGAAAACAUCUUUCCUUAGUCCCCCUGCUCUCACUCCCCAUAUUUUGCUCAUUAAUGUUUGGCCUUUCAGUUCAUGGGUCUUGGUGUAGAUAACCCAAAGUGGUAACUCUUUCCAAAACAGCAACCAUAUUGAAUUCUUGUGACUUAGAGAAGCUUCCUAUAAUUGAUAUUAAUUA